AUGGCCAAUAUCUGUGCAGUCAGACCCAACCUUGUCCCGCCCACCACCGAAGACGUCAUCACCGCCGCGCCCGCAUCACGGAAGGCCCCGCUCCCGAGUGGGGGUCCUUUUCUGGUCUCGGCGCAGUCGAGGGCAGUCCUGGCGAACGCCUGUCCACGUAGCCUGUGGGUCGGGGACGGCUCGGAAAUUCCAGCGGAUCGCGGCGCGGGGCGCGUGGGGUCAUGGGGACUCGGAAGCGGGCGACGAUUAGGGCGGCUCGGGGCUUCGGAAUCGCAAGGCGACAGGCGGUCGGUGGGGCUGCCCCGGCGCGGCUGCCCCGGCGAUGUACGGCGCUGGAGGAGCGGCGGCGGCGGGAGAGGGAGCGAGAGCGGGAGUGGGAGUGGGAGCGAGCGACUCGGCCUCGACAAGGCUCCGGCUCCGGCUCUGGCGAGCCCAGGCUUUGGCGGCGGCGGCCCUGCGAGGCCCCGGCCCGGCGUCCCCGGCAGGGCCCCUCCGCGACUCGCCCUGCCCCGGGAAGCCGCUGCUCCGGCCGGGGAUGAGGCCGGGCGGCCGCCGCCUCCUCCUCGCGGGGCCCCGCAGCCCGGCUCGGCCCUAGAGCCGCCCGCUCACGCCCAGCCCGCCGAGCCGCCCGCCCGCGCCGCCAGCCCCCCCGGGCACUCCUCGCGGCCGCGGCCGGCUCCGGGCGAGAGCGACAUGGAGAAAGCCAUCAGGGAAACCUCCAUUUUAGAGGAAUACAGUAUCAAUUGGACUCAGAAGCUGGGAGCUGGAAUUAGUGGGCCAGUCAGAGUCUGUGUGAAGAAAUCUACCCAAGAACGGUUUGCUCUAAAAAUUCUUCUUGAUCGUCCAAAAGCUAGAAAUGAGGUUCGCCUUCACAUGAUGUGUGCCUCACACCCGAAUAUUGUUCAAAUUAUUGAAGUCUUUGCUAACAGCGUACAGUUUCCUCAUGAGUCCAGCCCCAGGGCUCGACUCUUAAUUGUAAUGGAGAUGAUGGAAGGGGGAGAGCUAUUUCACAGAAUCAGCCAGCACCGGCACUUUACAGAGAAGCAAGCCAGCCAAGUAACAAAGCAGGAUGCCCCAGUGAAGUUGUGUGACUUUGGGUUUGCCAAAAUUGACCAAGGAGACUUGAUGACACCCCAGUUCACCCCUUAUUAUGUAGCACCUCAGGUUUUGGAGGCACAAAGACGGCAUCAAAAGGAGAGAUCUGGCGUCAUACCUACCUCGCCCACACCCUAUACUUAUAAUAAGAGCUGUGAUUUGUGGUCCCUCGGGGUGAUUAUCUAUGUGAUGUUAUGUGGAUAUCCACCCUUUUACUCCAAACACCACAGCCGGACUAUCCCCAAGGACAUGCGGAAAAAGAUCAUGACGGGCAGCUUUGAGUUCCCGGAGGAGGAAUGGAGCCAGAUCUCAGAGAUGGCCAAGGAUGUUGUGCGGAAGCUCUUGAAGGUGAAGCCCGAGGAAAGGCUGACCAUCGAGGGAGUGUUGGACCACCCUUGGCUCAACUCCACCGAGGCCUUGGACAAUGUGCUCCCUUCUGCUCAGCUGAUGAUGGAUAAGGCAGUGGUUGCCGGAAUCCAGCAGGCUCACGCUGAGCAGUUGGCCAACAUGCGAAUCCAGGACCCGAAAGUCAGCCUCAAACCCUUGCACUCUGUGAACAACCCUAUUCUGAGAAAGAGGAAACUACUCGGCACCAAGCCAAAGGAUGGUGUGUACAUCCAUGACCGUGAAAAUGGAGCUGAGGAUUCCAAUGUUGCCUUGGAAAAGCUCCGAGAUGUGAUCGCUCAAUGUAUACUCCCACAGGCUGGAGAGAAUGAAGACGAGAAACUGAAUGAAGUGAUGCAGGAGGCUUGGAAGUAUAACCGGGAGUGCAAACUUCUAAGAGAUACUCUGCAGAGCUUCAGCUGGAAUGGUCGUGGAUUCACAGACAAAGUUGAUCGGCUAAAGCUGGCAGAAAUUGUGAAGCAAGUGAUAGAAGAACAGACCACAUCCCACGAAUCCCAAUGAUGAGAAAUCAGACUUUGUUUUUUAACAAUUUGAAAAAUUAUUCUUUAAUGUAUAAAGUAAUUUUUAUGUAAAUGAAUAAAUCCUAAUUUCAUUUCCA